AUUAUUUUAUAGAUAAACGAGAAAUCAUUUAACAUUGACGUUUUAUCUGGAUACUAAAUGUCUAAAAGACCUAAACGAUAUGCCAGUAUCAAGUAGGUACUUAAUUAGUUAAAACAAUGGCUUAUGAAUGGAAAGACAAAGUUGUGCUCAUAACCGGGGCGGCUGCAGGCAUAGGGGCUUUGGUUGUCAGGAAAUUGGUCAAGUUUGAAAAAGUCAAGCACGUAACAAUCAUAGAUGUAAACCAAGAGGGCGCUGCUUUAGCACAGGCAUUGAAUGAAAUUUUUGGAGAUGGCAAGGUUGCCUAUUUCAAGUGUGACAUUACCAAAGAUGAUGAACUUGAUGCGGCAUUCAAGUGGAUCAACGACAAGUUUGGUCAUCUGGACGUGCUCAUAAAUAAUGCUGGCAUCAUGAAUGAUAGCUACCAGGUGUACAAGAAAAUGGUGGACGUAAAUGUGACUGCCCUGUUCACUUGUACGCUCAAAGCUCUAGAAAUAAUGCGUAAAGACGAAGGGGGACGAGGGGGUACUAUCAUCAACACAGCUUCAAUUGCUGCCCUUAAACAACAUCCUACUGCCCCUAUGUACUGCGAUACCAAAAGUGCAGUUUUACAGUUUACUUUAUGUCUCAGUCUCGACGAAUACUUUUCUCGCACGGGCGUACGGAUAAUAACAAUUUGUUACGGCGCUUCGGGGACUUCUAUGCUGACUAAGCAAAAAAUGGGUAAUUUUGAUAAAGUCAUAGACAACAGAAUGGAAGAGCUAUUAAGUGGAUUAUAUCUACAGAAGCCUGAAACUGCAGCCAAUGGAUUAAUCGAUGCAUACAAACAUGGUGAUAACGGCAGCACUUGGUUGUCCACCAAAGACAGACCAGUCAAAGAUAUCACUGAAGAAGUUACUAUGGCAUACAAGAUUCUUACUGAUUUAACAUUGUGAAUAAAAUACUUUCACCAACUUUCACAACUCUUUUUAGAUGGGACCGACUGAAAAUCAGCCUUCGCUCAAUACUUAGGUAGAUACUAUGGCAAGUACACUGAUGUGCUUAAUGUUCUUAUAUCUGUGGCUGGACGCCAUUUAGGAUGACAUAGGUAUCUUAUUAUAUUGUUGGUAUAAUGUUUGGAUUUUAUUAGUUUGCCGUAUAAAUGAUUUCUUUCUUUGGUGGUAGGUAAAUUAAU